AUGGGUGAUAAGAGUCGUAAUCUGACAAGCAUUGACAGCGAAAGGACAAGAGAGGAUAUGCUAUGCACCCUUGGCAAGCACCCUUUCCGCUCUUUAGAUUUGGAGCCAACCCCCCUCACCUUCGGCCCAGUCUCUAACACUGCCCUCCUAACCGUUUGGUUGAAGCAGCUCUCCGCGACACAAGCCUCAAAUCGAAGGCGGAUUAAGGCAGACGAGUGCACCGGCGCCGCAGACGAAGCGCUAGAGUGCACUUGA